AUGGUUGCAGUUCGCGCAAAGGUUGGCUCCCGUGGCUUCAUCCGUCAGAAGCAGCUGUCAAAGGGGAAGAAGGUGUUCAAGAUUGACUGCAGCAUCCCCGCCAACGACGGUAUCUUCAGCGAGGAGAUCCUCAGCAACUUCGAGCAGUACUUCCAAGAUAAUGUGAAGCUCAACGGCCGCAAGGGAAAGCUGACAGAGAAGGUGCGUAUCAGCAUGCGCGACAACACACUCGCCAUCACCACAACGAUGGCAUACCGCAAGAAGUACUUCAAGUACCUCACGAAGAAGUUCCUUAAGAAGAAGGAUCUCCGUGACUGGAUCCGUAUUCUUGCCAAGGGUAAGGAUAUGUACCAGCUCAAGUACUUCAACAUCCAGGACCAGGAAGAGGCGUAA